AUCAUGUCGUUCAGUCUGGAAACCGUAGCAAAACGUGGCACACCAUCUUGUGAUUGAUCAUGCUCCAUGUGCAUGCAGCUUAAAUCAUGCUUUCUGUCAGAUCUAUCAGAAAACAAAAAAUCUGGUCUAAAAUGAGACUUUUCUGUCUGUGAAUGGAGCUUUAUCUCAGUUCAUGAAUGCCUGAUUUAACUAAACUGAAAAGUUACUAAAAUGCUGUGGCUGAGGUUGUAAUGGUAAGCAACACUUUAAGAACAGCUCAGAAACAUUGAACUCAACCUUGCUGAUGUUAGGUAGAGGGCUAGGCUCCUGAUUAAAUACAGGACUUCCCACUGAGCUGAUAAAUUGACCACCUUCCCUCAGGUGGAGGUGUCUGCCGCCUGCCUGUAGGGGCUGCACCUCCGCCAUCUCAGGUGGCCUGGAAACCCCCCUCUGCCCCUGCAACACACACUGAAGGCAACAGUUUUAUUUUUGGAGUGGCCACGGGCACGGUGGCUCGCUCCCUAAGGCUUCAGUUCACUUCAGGAUGAGUGGCCCUGUGGCACUCUGAGCCGGGAUUAACAAGCAGAGAGCAGUUUGUCCCGACAGCCGCUCACCAAAGGCUGUCCAGCAAAACACAAACACCUACUUCUGCUUUAGGAGUCUAAAAAUGCUGAUGGAAGUGGGUUACACUAACGGGCUGGAGCCUGACCUUUCCCAGCAGUAUCCUCCUCCCUUACUGCCAAAGCCAGGCAAAGAUAACGCAAGGCUUCAGAAACUCAAGAAGAAGAGAGCCAAGAAAAAAGGCAGCCUCUCCCAGACGCCUAUCCCCUUCCGCUCCUGCUUGUCUCCUGUAAACGAAGCGAGCACAGACCUUGAGCACAGCGACCAGUCCAGCCCACCAAAAACACCCGAUACAGUCUACUUUACGGACCCGUCAGUGUCCACUUUCCCCUUUGACUCCCUCUACGAUCACUCUGCAUCUGCAUUCCCUCAUCCUCAGAGCAGCCCCUACGCCCAAAUUGGCAGCUUCCCCCCCCAGUCCUACACAGCUCAGAUCAGGACUUCUGAUGAGCAGGUGGCUCCGAUAUAUGAGUGCUCCUCUUUUUUAUUCGAUGACGUGACUCCUCUCAUGAUGCCUCCUUCAACCUCACCACCCCCAUCAUCACCUGAGCAGGUUCCAGCACCACCUCUCCCAACUGCUCUCAAUUUGAACAUGACACCAAACUCCCAUGGGUCAGUCACAACAAUCCCUCCAGCCGCUGUGUCACAAGCCAGCACCAAAAUAUCAACCCACAGCCUGACCCUAUCCCCAGCCGCCCCCAACUGUGGCCCAGACCCGACACUUUCUCAGGCCUCAGUCUCAGUCAAAGCUCCGUCCCCAAACAGAGGAACGUCACUGCCAUCUCAGCCAAAAACUGGACUCAAAGACAAGGAUGUUCUGAGGACCAAAACUUCACCUGCACCAACGGAAGCACCAGCAGUCGAACCCUCCACGAAGUCAACGACAUCAACUGCAUCUUCAACUGCUGAUAAGGAGACUGUUACAGCUGAUGAACCAGCUGCACCCACUGAGCCAAAAACGGCCAAGAAGUCGAAAGGCCUCAAGGGUAAGCUCAGCGGAUGGACACGGCUCAAAAAGCACAUGGUUGUUGAGCCAGAGGAACCUACAUUUCCAGAGCCGGAGAACAAAUCUAACGUCGACUCCAGUGGCAGCAACAAGACAACAGAUCAAGGUGGUGAUGAUAUGUCACACGAACAAUGCACCAAUAAUGAGGUGGCUAACAACCAUGAAGGUCCCAAGGCAUUGAAAAUGUGGGACGCCCUCCUCUUUCAAAUGUUCUCCACCAAAGAGCGAAUCAUGAAUCAGAUCAAUACCAACAAGAAGGAUUCUGACAAGAAAAAGGAAACUAAAGACAAUCAAGCAGAAGUUCCUUCAUUUGUCAAUCGCCUGCCAAUUUUGCUGUACAGCCCUCGUUUUGAUGCAAGGAAGCUUAAAGAGGCGGCAGAGAGGCCGCUCUCAAAAAUAGCAGCAGUAUUUGAAAAGGGGCUGAUAAAACGUAAAUCCCAGGAGGAAGAACGUAAGGACUUCAACAGGAAAGCAAAAGGAUUUGGUUCGAUGAAACCUACAGAUUCAGAUACUUGAACUGAUGCGGAAGUGUUUGGGAUGGAUAAAUGAGUGAAAACAGAAAGAUGAUGUCAAAUAGGUGGGUGAACCUCAAAGACAAGGUGUCACAAAAAGAAAUGUGAAAGAAAAUAUAACGAUAAAAGCCAAUUUUAUAAAUCAGGGCUCCAAUGAGGAGGUAAAUUAUUCUUAAAGGGGAAAAACAAUUUAUAAGUUUAACAGAUUACCACUUAAUCACCAGUGUUUGCAACUUGCGCGAAUACUAUACUAUAUAUGUACUAGAACUUCAACUUGGAAAGUAGAUAAGUUUAAUUAAAAGUAAAAUCAUCCCUAUGUCAAAUACAUAUUUCUGACAUGUUUAUCAGUUGUGGUUAUUUGGGAUGUAUUGGUUAGUCUAUACAUUAGCUGUUAUAACAACAGUGGUAAUAGAGGUGUGGAAUCUUUGCACUUUUAAUAAAAUCAAUUAGUGAUUAGUGACUUGACAAAAAAAGAAUAAAUAUAAUUCAAAAACAGAAAUAUUAUAUACUUGGUUAUAUUUUUGUUUUAUUUGAUGAUAACCUGGAUGUAGUGUUAAAUGCAUGCUCUGUAGAUACUUUGAUAGAUAAAAGAUUGUCCAAUUUGUCAUGCUUUCUAUCUUUUUCUAUUUUUCUAAAGAAAGUAAGGCUUUUAGUGUACACCGCUGGUAGGCAGUUUGUUAUCACUGUAAUAAAUAGGGCUUUUACAUUCCUGGAACAACAGGGCAGAUGGAUUGAGAAAGAAGGAAAACAAAGAUGGAUAAAGCAUGAAGGUCUGGUCAGAACAGAUUUAGGUUUCUGCAAGUCAGGUAUGGAAAUGAAGCAGCAAAUGUCUGGGCUUUCAAUUAGGGCAAGAAACUACAACCACACAAGGUGAUACAUCUUGGGGCUGGGCAAUAUUUAAAGAAAAUACCAUGAUACCUAAAAUAUCCACUUCUGAUGUAAGUUUAUGAUUUAUGAUUGUAUGGUACUGGUUUAAGGGAUGUAUUUGGUUUUUCGUU